UUUUUAAUUCCAAGAUUUUACAACCUAGGAUUUGAGGCUAUUUUCACACGAUCGAAUCGUGUAUUGAAUGGGAAAAUACAUUUGGUGCACUGAUAAAUGGAAAAUGAUGAUGACGACUGCAGUAAUACUAGUCCUGAGCCAGAGCCAGAUUUAGCUACAGAUCGAGAAAGCUGUCUUCCGUUGCCAAGCGCUGUCAGCAGUCGAAGAUGGAUGUCAAGAAAGUCAAUCAGAAUUCUAACUUUAUGUACCUUGAUAAUCAUGGUUGCAACCACGGUGCCAAACAUACAGUGGGGGUAUAUAACCCUUUUCUUCGAAAAACAAGGCGCAAGCACGAUCGGAAUUGCGAUUUACGCAUCAUGUAUGAGCGUGUUCGUCCUGUUCUCGUCAAUAUUCUCUCAAAACAUAAUGCGAUUGAUGACACUGAAGAAAAUGCUAUUUCUAUCGGUCGUUCUCCUGAGUGUUUCCACUUGCCUACACGGUAUCAUAGUGUUAAUGGAUGAUGUUUGUUGGAUGAUUGUGGCAGGAAUCAUCGUUCGAGCAAUCCAAGGUGUCAGUUCAACUGUUAUGCAGGUUUUGGCAGUUUCCGUCCUGAUUUUGCGAUUCCCGGAAAAGUGUGGAAGGGUGUCAGCCGUAAACGAAAGUGCCCUUGGCCUGGGAUUUGCGAUAUCACCUUUACUAGGAGGCAUACUCCACGAUAAAUUUGGGUUCCUGUUGACGUUUGUGGCAGUGGGAAGUUCCGGCCUCCUCAUGCUAGUACCCCUCUUUUCCACUUCUACUAAACUUCUCAGCAGCACAACCAGCUACCAGAAAAGGUACUCCAAGAUGGACUGGAAGGAUUUCCUCUUCCUGUCUCCCAUAAUCACGUGCUGUCUCUCCUCUGUGGUGGAGGCCUGUGUGGAUUAUGUCAUGGCGCUUUAUGUUAACGAUGUGUUCGGAGAAGACGCUACAUUCACUGGGCUAUUACUCAGCGGCCUCUCACUAUCCUCAAUCUUGUUCGCUUUCGUGUUAGGGUAUUUCUGCGACAAGUUCAACCCCUUUUUAACCGGGCUUAUCGGCUGCUUUCUGACUUGUCUGGGACUUUUAGCCAUGGUUCCUCCCCCCUUCUUGCAGCCCUUGAUAUUAGUUAACAAACCUCAACUUGUUACCGCGAGCAUCGUUACAGGACUAGGACAAGCGAUGAUCUGGUUACAUGUACUACCAGCAAUGCUCUUUGUGAAGACCAAAUGUAGAAAUAAGCCCGUGAACGAGGAGCUAUCUAACUUAGUUUCUCUGUUGUACAUUGUUGCUACGAGUAUGGGCGAUUUCGCUGGGUCCUUUCUUGCAGGAGGUCUACACGAAUGGUGUGAGUACUGGCAACUGUUCACCAUAAUUUCCGGGGCCAUGUUUUUCUGUACCAUGUUCUGUUUCGUGUGUUAUCUAAGAUCGGCCAGAUCACUGUCUCACUCUACCGACAGCAUCAGUACGGUCAUUACUAGCGGGGGUGACAGCAAGGAUAUUGGGGAAAUGGCGUCUCUUACCGGUGAUAUGACGCCACUCUGAGGGGUUAUCCCUCUUGGCAAUAAAAGACGUUUUUUAGAGAUUUUCCUGUGAUGGACACAGUUACUGUAAAUAAUCGUAGAAAUAAAUGUAUUUUGGAUAGUGAAAAAGGAUUGAAUAUUGCUGUCAUGCUCUCAGGAUUUUAAAUGUUUAAUUAUUUCGAUACAAUCAAACACAAUAUUUGUUUAUUGUCAACCAAACAAGGUUUUAUUCAGAAUUUAAAAUGCAUGAAGGAUUUGCAACAAAUUUUUACAUUCAGCAAUAAUUUAA